AUGAAGUUCUCCGUGAUUGACAAGCUUUUUCUUCUCAACGCGCUAGUCGCGAGAGUCACAGCAACGCCCACAUCAUCAUCAUCGCUGAUCUCCGUGUCUGUCAACCCCAAGGCUCAAUUCCAAGAAGUUGACGGAUUCGGAGCCUCUCAAGCCUUCCAGCGUGCUGAAGAUAUCUUUGGCAAAUAUGGCUUACCAGCUGUGAAUCAGUCCCUUGUUCUGGAUCUUCUCUACAACAAGGAAGUUGGCGCGGGCUUCACCAUUCUGCGAAAUGGAAUUGGCUCUAGCAAUACUUCCGACAGCAACUUCAUGAACUCUAUCGAGCCAACAAACCCCGGGGGCCCCAAUGCAAAGCCCGACUAUGUUUGGGAUCGCUACAAUAGCGGCCAGUUCCCUCUCGCCCAGCAAGCAUACGCUCGUGGUCUUCAAACUCUCUACGCUGAUGCCUGGUCGGCCCCGGGUUAUAUGAAAACAAACGAUGACGAGAACAAUGGUGGCUACCUCUGUGGUGUGACCAAUGAAUCUUGUGCGAGUGGAGACUGGAUGCAGGCUUAUGCCAAUUACCUCGUCCAGUACGCGCGCUUUUACAAAGAGUCUGGGGUAGAUGUCACGCAUUUAGGCUUUUUGAACGAGCCCCAGUUUGCAGCCACCUAUGCCGGCAUGCUUUCAAACGGCACACAGGCUGCUGAUUUCAUUCGAUUGCUGGCCAAGACCAUCAAGAAGUCUGGUCUUGAUCUGAAGAUAAAUUGUUGUGAUGGGAUCGGUUGGGAUGACCAAGAAGCGAUGAUGGCCGGUCUAGAAGCGGGUCCUGAUCCAGCUAUCAACUACCUUGACGUCGUGACUGGCCAUGGGUACGAUUCAGCGCCCACUUACCCUCUCAGUACCAACAAGAAGACCUGGCUGACCGAAUGGGCCGAUCUGACUGGCGACUUUACUCCUUACACUUUCUACAAUAAUGGGGGUCCUGGAGAGGGACUCACGUGGGCCAAUCACAUUCAGGUUGCACUGAGAGAUGCUGGAGUCAGUGGGUUCCUCUACUGGAUUGGGGCCGAAAACUCAACCACAAACAGUGGGCUGAUCAACCUCAUCAAUAAUGAGGUAAUUCCCUCCAAGAGAUUUUGGGCGUUUGCUCAGUUCAGCAAGUUCGUGCGUCCUGGUGCUCGUCGCAUUGCGGCAGUCAGUUCUCACGCAAAUGUCACUGUCAGCUCCUUCGAAAACAAGGAUGGACGUAUUGCUACUCAGCUGCUGAAUCAGGGUAAUUCCAACGUUGAAGUCAAGGUGCAGAUAACUGGUCUCAAAUCGGGUGCAUCAAUUAAGCCUUACCUCACAAACAAUGACAACGACUUGGAGCCUCUAGCUUCUAUCGCGGUGGCUAAGGGUGGCUCAUUCCAGGCUGAGAUUCCCGCAUGGUCGAUGGUUACUUACUUGGCUGUGUGA